AUGCGCUCUAUAACACUAGCAAGAACAAUAUCGCGUGCUUAUACCUCAUCUACUACAGCCUCACCGUCAAACACAAUUCGACCUGACGAGAUCAACCGAUUCAGCAAUGAAGCUCAACAUUGGUGGAAUCCUUACGGCCCAUAUCGCCUACUACACAAAAUGAAUCCCGUCAGAACAAGCUAUAUUAGAGAUUGGACUCGCAAGAAUACUAUGAACGAUGCUUCAUCAUCAUAUAAUCAUAUACAUCAAGCACUUCAUAGCAAAUCGAUACUUGAUGUUGGAUGUGGAGGUGGACUAUUGAGUGAAGGAUUGGCUAGAUUAGGGGCGAAUGUGACUGGUAUUGAUGCUGAUCCUGUUGGUGUGAGAGUCGCGGAAAUGCAUGGGAGGGAGGAUCCAUUGGUCAGGGCCAAUGUCAAGUAUAUCAAUACUACCGCUGAGCAACUGGCGGAAACUCACGCCUCAACGUUUGACGUGGUUUGUGCCCUAGAGAUCAUAGAGCACGUUUCAGAUCGGCAUCUCUUUUUACAAUCGUGUGCUCAAUUACUCAAGCCAAACGGCCUCCUAUUCGUAUCAACAAUAAACCGAACACCCAUAUCAUACUUCCUCACGAUCCUAAUGGCGGAACAGGUACUGAAACUCGUAUCUGCAGGUACUCAUACACAUGAACAAUACGUGACACCACAAGAACUUGAAUCCGAGAUAUCAAGAGUGUCGUGUCGGGUUGUUGAUGUCUCGGGGCUAUUGUUUGAUCCAUUGGGGCAAGAGUGGAGGCUUGCGGAUAGUGGAGUUGUGAGAGAGAUUGCAUUACAAGCUAAUUAUAUUACAUGUGCCAUUAAGAACGAAUAA